CUCCUUCCUGGGACCCGCCCCUGGGGCGGGGCGGGGCGGAGCCUGAAGCUGCUGUGGUCGGCCGGGGCCGGUCGGGCCCGCCUGCUUUUCCCGUGCAAUCUCGGGGGACGCUCGCAAAUUUUGAUUUUCCACUCUAGAACCGGUCUCUAGAUCACCAUGGCAACUGGACAGAAGUUGAUGAGAGCUAUUAGAGUUUUUGAAUUUGGUGGACCAGAAGUGCUGAAACUCCAGUCGGAUGUUGCUGUACCAAUUCCAAAAGACCAUCAGGUUCUCAUCAAAGUCCAAGCGUGUGGUGUGAACCCAGUGGACACAUACAUUCGCUCUGGCACUCACAAUAUAAAACCACUUCUACCUUAUACUCCUGGCUUUGAUGUGGCUGGGAUAAUAGAAGCUGUUGGAGAGAGUGUAUCUGCUUUCAAGAAAGGUGACAGAGUUUUCACUACCAGGACGAUCUCUGGGGGCUACGCUGAGUAUGCUCUGGCAGCCGAUCACACUGUUUACACACUGCCAGAAAAACUGGACUUUAAACAAGGAGCUGCCAUUGGCAUCCCAUACUUCACUGCUUAUCGAGCUCUGCUCCACAGUGCCUGUGUGAAACCUGGAGAAAGUGUUCUGGUUCAUGGAGCUAGUGGAGGAGUUGGAAUAGCAGCAUGCCAAAUUGCGAGAGCUUACGGCUUAAAGGUUUUGGGCACAGCUAGUACUGAGGAAGGACAAAAGAUUGUUUUGGAAAAUGGAGCCCACAAAGUGUUUAAUCACAAAGAAGCUAACUAUAUUGAUAAAAUUAAGAAAUCUGUUGGUGAAAAAGGAGUUGAUGUGAUUAUUGAAAUGUUAGCUAACGUAAAUCUUAGUAAUGAUUUGAAUCUUUUGUCACACGGAGGACGAGUAAUAGUUGUUGGCAGCAGAGGCACUAUUGAAAUAAACCCACGGGACAUCAUGACAAAGGAAUCUAGCAUAAAAGGAGUUACUCUCUUUUCAUCCACCAAGGAGGAAUUUCAGCAGUUUGCAGCAGCCCUUCAAGCUGGAAUGGAAAUUGGUUGGUUGAAACCAGUAAUCGGUCCCCAGUAUUUACUGGAGAAGGCUACCCAAGCUCAUGAAAAUAUCAUUCAUAGCAGUGGGGCUACUGGAAAAAUGAUUCUUCUCUUAAACUGAUCAGUCCUUCCAUUGAUUUCCUGUGUAAUUAGAGGUUUCAUAUUUCAGUUUUAUGUACACUGUGUUUGCUCUACGUAGCAUUCAUUUGAUUCAGUGAGUUCCUUAACAUUUAAAAAAAAGGUUUGUUUUUAGUGAUCAUAA